CGUUUCUCAUUCGAGUUUUCUUUAUAUUGCCAUGCCACGUGAAGAACUCAUUUCACCAGAUGGUUUAAGAACUGAUGGAAGACGCCCUUUAGAGAUAAGAAAAGUAACCUGUCGAAUGGGUAUUUUGCCUCGUGCAGACGGAAGUUGUCACUUGGAAAUGGGAAAUACGAUUGUUUUGGCAACCGUAUACGGGCCUCGUGAGUUGUCUUCACGUCAGUCUUCGUGUGGAAUCAUCCGCUGUGAAUACAGUAUGGCAUCUUUUGCGUCCACCGACAGACGAAGAGGGAAGAGAAGUGACAGAAAUAGUGUUGAAAUGGCUUCUUCCAUUAAGAAGACCUUUGAGAAUGUAUUGUUGACCGAUUUAUUUCCCAAGUCUCGUGUCGAUAUCUUCAUUCAAGUGUUGCAAGCAGAUGGAAGUGAACGCAGUGCUGCGAUAAAUGCCGUUACUAUAGCAAUGGUGAAUGCGGGAAUACCUAUGAAGGACUUGAUUGUUUCGUGCUCAGCCGGAUAUAUGGAGAAUACCACUGUGAUGGACUUGAAUCAUGUAGAAAUGAUAACGAGAGGCCCACAACUUACUCUUGCUAUCUACGCAAGUACCGAAAGAAUGGCAACUGCUCAUUUGGAAUCAAAAGCAUCUUUUGAAAUCUUUGAGAAUUUGAUUGCAAUUGCUAAGAAAGGAUGUUUACAAAUGUUCGAUGUGAUGCAUUCUAGUAUUGAAAGAUAUUCCUUGAACUUGAUCGCUUCUCGUGAUCAUAUUGCAACAUUUGGUUCGAGGGCUUGAGGAUAACAACUAGAUUAAGAAAAAA